UACAUCAACGACGCUGGAGAACACAGCUAGGAGUGGUAUGAUUGGAAGUCGUUUACCAGCACGUUCUUCACAAAUGUGAAAGGCAUCCGGGAAAUGCGACAUUUUAGAUUUUCAUCAUUAUUACCAGGAAAACUGUUCGUCAAAAGUCACGCCGAUGACAGUGAACGAGAAAUCACGCUUCUGAAAUCCAGUAUCAGUCCGGAAGACAUAACAACAGGGUCAGUGAUGCCCGACAUUUUACCUCCCGGCGGGAUGACCUCAGAGAGGCAACGUUAUCUGUUUCGUGUUGUUCGCCCUUUUGUACGAGAUCCUUUUAAGGACACUACCUGUCCAGAGGCUGAAGAGUGAUGAAGAUGAUGAUAAAAUGAACGGUUUUAAAUGCAAACAUAAUGUAUUGUUAGGAUUCAUUUAAUGACAUUGAAAGUGUACUAGUAUUUAUUUUCGUUUUCCAACACGUUUGAAUUUUGUUUUAUUGAAUACUAACAUUUUAAACAUUUGAAAAUGUCAAUUAGUUUAGUGAAAUAUAUUUCUUCAGGACAAGAAAUGCCGUUGUUUUAUUUUUGAUGACGUUCUAAUGACAUUGAUAUUCUAUGACGUUAUGCAACGUUUUUAUGACGUUAUCUUGCAUUAGUUAGUGCAUUUCAAAUGCAUUUUAUCUAGUCUUAAACGGAGUAUUUGUUUAAACAU